AUGGAUUUGGAAGGAAGAGUCAAAGCUUACAGAUUCGUAGCUUAUGCUGCUGUCACCUUUUCGGUUGUCGCCGUCCUCUCGGUCUGCGUAACCCUCCCAAUGGUUUACAACUAUGUUAACCAUGUUAAGCACCAGCUUAACAACGAAAUCAGCUACUGCAAGGGAUCUGCCAAGGACAUCUGGACCGAAGUUAAUCAUCUUAGAAACCUUCCAACCGCUAACCGUACCGCCCGUCAAGCUGGGUAUGGAGAUGCUGGAGUUGCCAACGAUGAAGCUGCUGCUCAAGGAUCAGGAGGAUGCCAAGGAUGCUGCCUUCCAGGACCAGCUGGACCAGCUGGUACCCCAGGAAAGCCAGGAAGACCAGGAAAGCCAGGAGCACCUGGACUUCCAGGAAACCCAGGAAAGCCACCACAGCAACCAUGCGAGCCAAUCACUCCACCACCAUGCAAGCCAUGCCCAGCUGGACCAGCUGGACCACCAGGACCACCAGGACCACCAGGAGAUGCUGGAACUCCAGGACAGCCAGGACAACCAGGACAAGAUGCCGCUCCAGGACAACCAGGACCAAAGGGACCUCCAGGACCAGCUGGAAACCCAGGAGCCCCAGGAGCCCCAGGACAACCAGGACAAGACGCUCCUAAUGAGCCAAUUCUCCCAGGAGAGCCAGGACCAGCUGGAGAGCCAGGACCACAAGGACCACCAGGAGCCCCAGGACAACCAGGAGCUGAUGGAAACCCAGGAGCCCCAGGACCAAAGGGACCAAAUGGACAACCAGGACAACCAGGAGCUGAUGGAAACCCAGGAGCCCAAGGACCAGCUGGACCACCAGGAGGAGCCGGAGAGAAGGGUAUCUGCCCCAAGUACUGCGCUAUCGACGGAGGAGUCUUCUUCGAGGAUGGAACUCGCCGUUAA